UCGACGUCAGUCACUUCCGGCCGGCCUGAUCUCUCUGCGCCCGCGGGAGACAGCACCAACGACCCCUUUGUCUCGCCCUCAUCGACCACCCCGGCCCAUUUUCGCUUCUCCGACUUCGAACAGGAACUCAGGGCAGCCAGCUCUGCUUCCGACCCCCGAACGGCGAAGCGCACACUCGAGGCUCGACUCGCAGAGACCGAUCGCCGCCUGGAUGAAGCCGCCAAGCUUGGAACCGCCCUGGUGUCGCAGCGAAAGACCCUAGCCGAGCAGCUGCAAGAAAUCGACAGCCUCCCGACCGAAGAGGAGCUGGCGCCCGAGCUGCGCAAGAGGCUGGUCGACAUCGAGAAGGACUACAAUGACUUGGCGCGAGAGUCUGCGAGGGCCUUUUUGCCCAAGCAGAGAGUGACGAGUAGCGAGAACCCAGGCUCUCCUUUCAUGCUGGAAAGCCGAUCAGGCAGGCGUUCUGCCAGUCCUUCUAAGCUUGACAGCCAAGCCACGGGCUCGCCUGCCAAGCCCAACGUGACGAACCGCAAAUCGCGGAACCAGCCUACCAAUCGAGUCCACGACAUCGAAUUCGCCGCCGAGAUCAGCACCUCUCUGAUUGCCCAGGUCCGCAGCCUGCAAGCAAUUCUCGGCGAACGAGAUGAACAAGUCAAAGAUCUCCGCAAUGAUGUCUCUCGAAUAGAAGGUGACUCCGAAGCUCUGCAGCAGCGUCUCAAGGUUCUCGAUGAGAGUGAACAUCGCUUCAAGGAAGAGAACUGGAACCUUCAGACACGCCUGCAAGAAAUGAGUGGCCAGCAAAGAGAAGCUUCUGACCGUGAGAAGAAGCUUGACAAUGCGCUCCACGCCGCCAAUGCCGCCAAGUCCACCACUCAAAAGGAGCUAGACGAAGUGAAGCUCUCUCUGUCUAAGCUGACCGAGGAGCACGCCGCCGCCACGAAACACCAUGACAUUGAGCUCGGCACCGCAAAGCGCGCCAUUGUCAUGGCCGAGAGUGAGCGCGCCGCCAUGCAGCGCAAGAUUGACGAGCUAAGCAGCCAGAACCUGGAGCUCGCCAAGGCUAUUGCUGGCCAGAGGGCCAAGGCCCAGGAGCGAGAGUCCUCUUCCGGCACUAGUGACGAGGAUCUAGAAGUUUCUGCCAUUGACAUUACGCCCGAGCAUUCACCUCCACAGUCCCCCAUGAAGGGGCUUACGCCAAGACACUCCAUGCUCGAGACCGAGACCCUCAAGACCUCUUUACAGCACGCCCAGAGAACUAUCCAGAGUCAGCGAAGCCAGCUUCACCGUGAAAAGACUGAGAAGCUGGAAUUCCGACGCAUCAUUCAAGACCUCCGUGACGACUUGGAAAAGGCCAGAAACGAGCUUGACAAGGGCCCUUCUGCUCCCGCCCCCGCUCGCCGUGGUCGUCGGAUUGAGCCCAAAGAAGUCAAGGUCAGGCAGCCCCGGUUACUUGGUAGCUUCCGCUCCAGCCGUCAAGAAGUUGUCGUGGAAGAAGAGCCUAUCGUCACAGAAGACCCAGAGUGGGAAGAUGCACAUGACAUCUCACCUCGUUCUUCUGGCAUCCGUCUUGGUGCUGGCAGCCGCUCUCCUCUGCGACAUCUGCAGCGACUGCACACCCCUGGAGAUGGGGACGAGACUGUUCUCGAAUCCAUCGAGACCAGUGACCAGUUUGAGACUGCUGCCGAAGAGGACGGUGGCGAAUCCGCCUUCGAGACGGCUGAGCCAGGAACCGAAACGGAAGACUUCCAAACUGGGCACGAGGACAUGUCUGACGAGAGCGACGCUCAUACCGAGGUUGGCGUUUCAUCAUCAUCGCGAGGCUUUGGAAAGAUGAGGAGACCUCCCAGCUUGCAGCCAACCAUGUCGAGGCACGCACAGCGAGAUUCAUUCGAUAGCACUGCGUCCACCUCGACCGAUGAAGACGAAUUCGCAGACUAUCCAGAGUACCGGUCUCCCACUGCUGCCGCCACCUUGCGAAGAAUGCGCAUGAAUAGGGGCACUCCAUCCCGAAGAAGCUCUCGACAAGAGAGCGAAGAGCCCCAGUUCCAGAGCCCCAGUGCGAGCUUUAGCAGCGGUGGCGGCGACCCUUCAACUCCCGGCCAGAGUCUCUUUGCCGAGCUGCAAGACUUUGGUAGUGAUGAUGAGUCCAUCGUCUAUACUCCUGGUCGCAGAAGCCUCCGUUCUGUCACGCCAGCUUCUACGCGCCGCGCAGUCACACCUCCUCCAGCCGUCCCCCCGCUGCCCCGUGUCAUUAUGGUGGACAGCGGUGUCAUGACCGAUCCCAUCGAAUUCGGUCCAAGCUUUGGCCAGCUGGGUCACAAAGGCUCCCGCAACUCGGUGCUACUAAGCGUCGGCGAGGCCGCCAAAAGGCCAAAGUCGAUGGAAUCUGUCCUCCCCAACACGGACUUCCGUGCUUCCGCUGCAUCAUGGCGAAGCAUUGGAGAAGAAGGACAGGCGGGCUCUGCUACGUAUUCCCGCCCGGCGUCCAUGGUUGCUUACAGCGAUGCCGGUGCGCAGUACGACGAUCUUAGUGACAAGCUUGCGCAGUUCCCUCUGCCUCCAUCAUCGCUAUCUAGUGAGCCGGACCUUGCGUCUAUCCCCGAGUCUGCUCCUGAACCAGCGCCUCCUGUUGUUCUUAACCUGUCCGCCAUUCUAUCCGAGGACAUUGCGCCUCGAGAGGAAGAAGAAGAGGAGCAGCCUGAGCCAGCGCCUCCUGUUGUUCUCAAUCUGUCCACCAUUCUAUCCGAGGACAUUGCGCCUCGAGAGGAAGAAGAGGAGCAGCCUGAGCCAGCACCUAUUCCUACUCUGAACCUGACGCCAAUUGCCAUCUUGCAGAGUGUGGAGCCCGUGCCUGAGCCAGAGGUCCCCGCUCCUGACCUGACCUUAUCCGUCAUAGUGGCCGAACACCUGGAGCCCAAAGCCGAGCCUGAGGUUCCACCACCUGAUCUCACCUUGUCUGCCAUUUUCGCUGAAGGGUUGGAGCCUAGGGCGGAGCCUGAGGUGGUCGUACCGGUGGCUGAAUUGAGCCUAUCGGCGAUCAAGGGUGAAGAUCUGGAGCCAAUGGCCGAGCCUGAAAUCCCCCCGCCAGUCCUCACCUUAUCUGCCAUAGCCGCCCAAGGCUCAGAGCCAAUCGCAGAGCCCGAGGUUCCUGUACCCGUGCUGAGUCUGUCAGACAUUGUUGCAGAGGGAUUGGAGCCCAAGGCCGAGCCUGAAAUUCCUCCACCGACGCUUACGAUCGCCUCCAUUUUAUCAGAGGAGAUCGAACCCGUCAUCGAGGAGCAGGCAGAGUUGCCCGAACUGACUGCAUCUGCAGAGGCCCCAGAUACUCCAGCUUCUGCCGACCUGCGCGAGCUUAGCAUCUCACCAAUCGUGUCAGAACAAGUCGAGCCCGUCUCCGAGCCUAUCCCAGAACCAGCAGCCAUGGUGGUGCCUCUGUCACUUGCAUCACUAACCUUCUCGUCGAUCCAGGCUCAGCAACUAGAGCCGAGAGAGGUGCCGCCUCUGCAGCCCGUGCAGCCGGCCCUGGCCUUUUCCACCAUUGCUGUGGAAAAUGUCCACCCGAUCCCCGAACUUGCGCCCGUUCCUGCGGAAUUGACGCUCUCUUCCCUCUCCUUCCAGAACACAGUCCCCAUUGAGGAGCUGCCCAUUGACGAUGAAGAGCUGCUGCGAUCCACUCAGUUUGCGCCCACAGAACCCGCGCGGCCUACGCUUGGCCUAUCUUCCAUUGUAGCAGAGGGCAUCAAACCUGAACCUGCCAUCAUUCCUCAGUUUGUCCUUUCCUCUAUUUCGUCAGUCGACACUCGGCCAGUCAGCCCCACCAAGAGGGACGGCUUCAUUCUGCCGGAAGGCAUCAAGUCCCCCUUUGUCGAUGAUGGCGGUGAUGUAUCAAAUCAGAACCUCUUUGCAUCGUACAUUGUCAACAGAAACACUGACAUUCUUGAUGCCUCUACGUCAUUACCACCCAUCAUUGCCCAAGACGAGACAAGCCAGUUGCGCUUGGCAUCCUCACAAGCCAAUACUCUCAAAUCUCAGCGACCGUUUACAGAAACCUCUGCUAAUGGAGUUUCUGCCAAUGGAGUCUCUCAUCAAACCAGCGACCAAGGCGCCCAGACAUCCUUGACAUCGGGAACCAUUGAGCAGCUGAUGAAGACUGGAGCUCAAACCCCUCGUGGUGGAAGGAGAAGUCUUUCAUUUGGCAGCUCUAUUGGCGGCCCUGACACCGUGGGGGCCACCAAGAUCAAUCGUCCUUACUUCCAAGAGAGUUUGGACAGCCCAUUCUCAGUCAAUCCCAACAAGAGCAACAAGGCCGACACGGUGGCAGCGGUUGUUUCAACCGACUCUACGCCUACACGCAGACCUGGCAGUGCUACCAGCGCCAAGUCUACUCUCGUAGAUGCCCCUCCUCUGCCAGUCAACCACCAGCAAAUGAUUCAAGCGGCCCGCACAGGCUCAUCUGGCGAGACGAAGACGCAAACCCAGAGCCAGGGUACUAUGGGUCCUCCCCUGUGGCCUGCCUCUGCGACAAAGCCAACGCCGCGUACCCCUAGCCGGGAGAGUAGGCCACUAUCUCCUGCCUCUGGCCAUGGAGGUACACCCACUCCUCGCGCUGUUGUCAACCGAGCAGGCUCGUCAUCUUACGGCACUGCCGAAAUCCCACUGCCACCGCCCAUCAGGUCUUCUACUGCCAUGUCUUCCACUGGCAUGUCUAGGCGAUCGUCGGUAUCUUCGUUCGUAUCGGAACUGGACAACAGGUUCGGAAUGCGGGCUGGAGAUAUGGGCGUCAUUGACCCCGCCACUGGCUUUGGACCCAAUACUGAUCCCAGGAUGAUCCAAGCCAUAACGCAGACAAUGAUUGGAGAGUACAUCUGGAAGUACACUCGCAAGACUGGCCGCGGUGAACACUCGGAAAAGCGACACCGUCGCUACUUCUGGGUCCACCCCUACACGAGAACCAUCUACUGGAGCGAGAAGGACCCGUCGACAGCUGGGCGCACUGAGAUGAAGGCGAAGAGUCUCCCCAUCGAAGGCGUGCGAGUAGUCACAGACGAUAACCCCAUGCCGCCAGGUCUUCACCGCAAGAGCUUGAUCAUCAUCUCUCCCGGGAGGACCAUCAAGUUUACCUGCACCACUGGGCAGCGACAUGAGACGUGGUUCAACGCGCUGUCAUAUCUUCUGCUGAGGACCAGCAAUGGCCAGGAUGGUCAUCUUGACGCGGAAGAGAUGGCUGCUGACUUGACUCGAGAAGAUGUUGACGAGUUCAACCCUCACUUUGGCGGCCGGCAAUCUGCCAACAGCCGUUCGCGGCCUUCGGCUCCGUCUCUGUCAUCAUACAACUCCCGCACUACUCGAAAUGAAUCACCAGGCCCAGACAUGAUUUUUGAUAUUCCCACGCUGACCCCGGGGAAGAACUCAACCCCGGCCAAGUCGGUGACUGGUAGCAUUAGUGGUCGAGUAGGUUCAUACUGGAAGUCAGGCGGAUCCAAGCUCGCUGGAACGAUUCGCAGCAGGACGGCUAGCGCCCAGAAUGUUAGCAUCUACGAGGCGAGCGAGGUCCAUGACAGCGCCGAGGAUCUCCGUGAGAUGAUUGAGCAGCAAGAUAGGGAUGCGGACCGGCUCGAGAAUGUGAGGGCCUGUUGCGAUGGCAAACACGAUGUCGGAACGCUUCACCACCACAACAAGAGAAGCCGCAGCUACAACCAUCAUAACCACUCCAGUGUUAGUGGACAAUCUGCCUUGAAUACCCCCCUAGCCUCUACGCGCUCUCGGGCAUAA